CCUACUACAGAAGUACCACAGUAGACGAGUACGCCCGUGCAUAACAAGCUGACCGAGCUUCUGAAGAUGGCGCGGCAGCGUACGUGCUCUGCCUCCGCGCUCGCGCUCGCCGUGGCGUUGGUCGUCGGAGUCUUGGCGUCCAUCCCUAUCGAGGUGGAAUCCAUCGGGGUGUGCAACGGGAUGAUAGGCGACAGCCAGUCCCUGCCAUCUCCGGCCGACGUGGUGCAGUUGUACAGGACCAAGGGCAUCAGCGCCAUGCGCAUCUACGCCCCGGACCCGGAGACGCUCCAGGCCCUCGGCGACACCGGCAUCGACCUCAUCAUGGACGUCGGCAACGGCAACCUUUCCGCCCUCGCCUCCGACGCCGGUUUGGCCGCGUCCUGGGUCCAAGAAAACGUGCUGGCCUACCCGCACGUCAGCAUCAAGUAUAUCGCGGCCGGCAACGAGGUGGAAGGCGGCGACACGCAGAACAUCGUCCCGGCCAUGACGAACCUCAACGCCGCGCUCUCCAAGGCCAGCCGCCCUGACGUGAAGGUGUCCACGGCGGUCAAGAUGAGCGUGCUCGCGUCCUCCUCGCCUCCCUCCAGCGGCGUGUUCAAAGACGCGUACAUGACGGAGGUGGCCCAGCUGCUCAAGGACACCAGCGCGCCGCUGCUCGCCAACGUGUACCCCUACAUCGCCAAAAGGGACACCCCGACCAUCGACCUCAGCUUCGCGCUCUUCCAGCCGAGCACCAACCAGGUGAACGACAACGGCAACGGCCUCACCUACACCAACCUCUUCGAUGCCAUGGUCGACGCCAUGUACACGGCCAUGGAGCAGGCGGGUGCGUCGGACGUGCCCAUCGUGGUCUCGGAGAGCGGGUGGCCGUCGGCCGGCGACGACCUUGCAACCCCCACUAACGCGCAGGCGUACAACCAGAACCUCAUCGACCACGUCGGCAAAGGCACGCCCAAGAGGGCCGGGCCCCUGGAGACGUACAUCUUCGCCAUGUUCAACGAGAACCGAAAGGACGGGCCCGACACAGAGAGGAACUUCGGGCUGUUCAACGGCCCCGACAAGACGCCGGUGUACCCUAUAAGGUUCACCAAUUAGUUAAGAAGACGGCCGGACUAUAUUUUCAUGUAUACAUGAGUACAUACAUAUCUCUUAUUACGGUAGAUCUCAAUAAGCUGCACAAUAAUUCGUACAAGCACGUACUAGUAUGUUACUCUACUAGAUAAUGUCAUAUGAAUAAGAUCCAUCCACUGUGUUUUGGAAAUAUGGAUCGGUUCCUCUCCACUAAAGAAGGGUAGUAAACUUGUGAAGUACAGCGUUUGAUUCUAAUUAUUUUCCUUA